CCAGACAGCAGGGAAAGAGGGAGAGAGAGAGACAGACACCUUUGCCCAGAGCUCUGCUGCAGGCUGCCAUGGCUCCAUGCGGACUAGCUGGGAUUUGCGGUCUCCUGCUCUUAAGCCUGAGCCUGACUGUGGUUUUCAAAGUAGAAGUAGUAGCUGGGAAGAAUGCCAUACUGCGGCGGCAGAAGAGAGAGUGGAUCCUCCCUCCAACCAAACUGAUGGAGAAUGUUGACCACACCCAGAAAGAGUGGGUCGCCAAAGUUCGCUCAGACAGGGAGACGAAAAACCGUGUGAAGUACAGCUUAUCUGGAAUAGGGGCAGACAAACCACCAAUAAACCUCUUUAUAAUAAACGAAGACAAUGGGUAUGUUACGGUCACAGGAAUACUGGACAGAGAGGAAUAUAAGCAGUUUAAUCUGACAGCAUAUGCAAGGUUCCCUGAUGGGUCCUUUGCAGAAGAUGAGGUUCUUUUAAAGGUCGUGGUCCUAGAUCAGAAUGACAAUGGACCUGUAUUUCAGCCCCUGUCAGCAUCAGUAAGAGAAUGCCGCCAAGUCGGCACCUAUGUUGCGACAAUGACGGGCAAGGACGAUGACCAAGAAGGAAGCAUCAACUCAAAGAUAGCCUACAGCAUCCUGAGCCAAGAACCUGCAGGGUCAGAGGAUGUGUUCGCUAUUGAUAAAGCGACCGGUGUAAUCACUGUGAAAAGACCUAUUCUGGACCGAGAGGCCAUCGAGUCAUAUACAGUCGUUGUCCAAGGAGUGGAUGAUUUUGGAGCUCCAGGUGGAAACACAGGAACUGGGACAGUAUUCAUAGAAGUCCGAGACAUCAACGACAAUGUCCCUACUCUGGAGAAGGACAUGUACUCUGGAAAUGUGAAUGAAGGAGAAGAAGACGUAGUGGUGAUGAGAAUCAAAGCUCUCGAUCCGGAUUUAGAGAAGAGCGAUAACUGGUUGGCUGUGUUUCACAUUAUAUCAGGGAACGAGGAAGACCUGUUCACCAUCGAAACUGACCCACUUACUAAUGAGGGCAUCUUGAGGCUGGUUAAGCCAGUGGAUUAUGAAAAAGUCAAGGAAAUCGACCUGGAUUUGCUGAUUGAGAAUGUUGCUCCGUUUGUCGAUGGAAAUGCUAUAGCUUUGGGCUUUGAGAAAGAUUUAGCUGGACCAGGAAUAAGCCCUUCUGGAGGUGUAGUCCCUAUUGAACCUGAUGACCCGUCAAAGCCUGGCACAAAACCAGGCAUCAAACCUGGAGUAAAACCAGGACCCAAACCAGGACCCAAACCAGGACCCAAACCAGGCAUCAAACCUGGAGUAAAACCAGGACCCAAACCAGGCACCAAACCUGGUCCAGGGCCAGGUAAAAAACCUGAGAAAAGUUACCCAAUAAAGAUUGCAGUGAACAACAUGCCAGAUGGACCAGGAUUCAGUCCAGAAGUGAAGGAGAUAUCAGUGCCAGAGGACGUGGAAGGCCCAAUGGUGAUUGCCUCCUACCCUGCCACAGAUGGAGAUACUGGAGAGGUGGCAGAAAAUGUAAGAUAUGCCAAAGGUCAUGAUCCUGAUAAUUGGUUCAUCAUUGACGAGACAACAGCGGAGAUUAAACUAAACAAGGUGCCAGAUCGAGAGUCUCCAUUUGUGGUCAACGGAAUUUACACAGCCUUGAUCCUUUGCAUGACAGAAGAUAUGCCAAGUAAAACUGUCACUGGAACUAUAGCCCUAACUGUGGAGGAUUCAAAUGACCACUGCCCCAUCCUGACAAGCACUUACCAGAGUGCCUGCACCGAUAUCAAAGUUGUGAAUAUUUCUGCUUUCGAUGCAGACGACAGUGCAAACCCUCUGUUCUUUAGGCUUAUUGAAGAGGAGACCAAGGGAGAAUGGGAAAUGAAGUCGGUCGAUGACACAACAGCUGCUUUCUGGGCUAAGGAGCCCUUGUGGCCGGGAAUAUACCGUAUAACGGUGGAGGUGUUUGAUGCCCAGGGUUCAACCUGUCCAGACAGACAGACCAUGGAGGUGCUAGUGUGCACAUGUGACGAGGGAGGAGGAUGUGACCGCGGGGUAGCAGCUCAGCAAACCAGAUCCUCAGUCAACCUGGGGAUGGACACUAUUGGUCUAAUGAUUCUUGGACUGGCGUUCAUAUUGUUGGUCCCUCUUCUGCUACUGUUCUGCCAGUGUGGAGCAGCAGCUGCACAUUUCACUGACCUGCCCUUCGAUGCUAAAGAGUACCUCAUUCCAUAUCACAUUGAAUCAAAUGGAGAGGACAAGGAGGUCCCUCUCUUCAGCAUUCCAGUCACCCUUUCCAAAGCUGUAAGUGCUGUGAAUGUCGCUAAUGUUGCCACCAAGGGCUCAGCGGGUCUGCUCGGUAAAAGCUCAGGAAGCUUCUAUGGAGAAGCCGGAGGGACAUUUCAUCAGGAGAUGAUGGGCGGGAUGCAGGAGAUGAUGGGCGGGAUGCAGGAGACAGACUACCAGUAUGGGUUCCAUCAGAAUUCGUUUGGCUCAGGAAGGAGGCAGGAAUAUUACACUUCUCAUACCCACAUGGAGAGAGGCAUCUUUGAAGAGAUCGCACUUCCUGAUGAUUUACUACAUGAGUAUUAUUCUCAGAAGGCGAUGAGUGUAACUCAAAACAGCAAAUUCAAUGACUGUCUGCUGGUGUACGACUAUGAGGGGCAGGGAUCUCCUGCUGGCUCCGUGGGCUGCUGUAGCCUCCUUGGGUCUGACGAUGACCUUGCCUUCCUUGACAAUCUGGGACCACAGUUUUCCACCCUUGCCCAGAUUUGCAAACCCCCAAAACCUGUUGUUGUAAGCAAGGCUGCAUCUCUGCAAACCAAUGUCAAGAGAGAAAGCUCCAUCUCUACCAGCGCAACAAAGGUUGCCCAGAGUCCUCCCCCACUGCCUCCUAUCCAACAGACUGUCACUGAUACCACCAGGACCAUCAGCAGCUCUGCUACACUUCCCAGAAUGCACCUGAGUCACACUGUGCCCACCCAGACUGUGCUAGUGCAGCAGCAGCAGCCACUGUAUUACUUAGUGGAGCCACAGGUCCAGCAUAGAGUAGUUCUGGCUGAGAGACCCCAUGUAGGACUAGGUCAGGGUGUACUUCUGGUCAACCGUGCGCCUGUGAUACAGGGAGUUAUACCUUCCCAAACAACCACCCCAACUAACCCCACACUACUGCUUCAGGGUGGUCAGACCCUUGUUCAACACAGCACUCUCCCGAGGAUGACUGCUUCUGGGUCACAUCGUGUGAUGCUGAUGCAAAGGCAGCCAGGGGACGUGGCAGUGACACAGGACCAAACAUUCAGCCAUGCUCCCCAGCUGAUACAUACCCCCGCACAAGAGAGGGUGAUCCUAAUGGAUGCCCCCGAAAGCAUCGGGACACCGUGGCCAAUAGGUCAGUUCACAAGUCCAAGUUCAACAAUACCAACCUAUGAAAGUAGUCAGCUGAGUAAUGAGAGACUUAACAUGGUGCAAAGCAACAUCACUCAUGUUUCAAGGCCACUAUCCCAACAAUCACUUUUCAGCUCAAGGUUCUUUGAAGGGGUCAGCAGCCCUGGUCUGGCCCCUGAAGGGCUACCCAUGAGUUAUUUCCCAAGCAUGGGAGUAGAGGAGACCUCUUCUGUUUCUAACAUUCCCCAAGUUCCUCCUACAGCACCUGAAACUGUGAAUGAGUUAUUUGAGAGAACCAGUGUACCUGCUGUGGAUGAUCUGGUCACAGACACAACCCAACAAGAGGAGGUCUCAGAGGAGAUCCAAGGGACUGAUUUGGCGGAGGAGCAUGUGGCAGUGGUGGUUGAGUCUGACAAAGUUGAACCAGUCACAGGUGUGUCUGAAGAUGUGUCUAAUGAACUCGGUGAACCAGAGGUGGAAGCCACUGUGGACCAUGAGGAAAGCCUACCUGUCUCCUUGCAGGCCUUAGACGUGACAGUACCACCAGAAAUGUCAGAGACUGAGAAGGACGCUACCCACCACACUGCCCCUGUGACAGAGGGGAAUUUAACAGAAGCCAUACUUGAAGAAACAGAUGCUGGAUGGACAGUGGAUGAGUAUGCAUCUGAGACAGUUCUUCUUGCUGCACCUGAAAUAUCAUCAGGGGAAACUGACAUCAUUGAUCUGGUAGCAGACCAGAUCAGUGCUUCCCACUCGCUGCAAAGCGAGUCCGGAAUGGUUGAGGAAACAAUCAAUUCAUCAGGGAGUGCAUUGGAUGUGUCUGCAACACAGGACUCACAUGCUGAGGAGAUUGAAGAUGAAGUAUCCAGCAUGACACUGGAAGACACUAUUGAAGCAGAAGAGUCAGGCCCUAGGGAUGGAGAAGCAAGCUAUGUUGAUGGACACUCAGAAUUUGCUCCUUCAACGGACAUUACCAUUUCACAUCAAGAGACAUCUGCUGUUUCAGAGAAUGAAAUAGAGUUGGAUACAGACAAAAGCCCUGGUCCAGCGGCAUCACUAGAUAUGUCUCAGGGCACUGAUCCAGCAGAGAUAGAGGCUUUGGAGAUUACUCACCUACAAACACAACAGGUUACAACAAGCCAGGUGCUGGUGGACACAGAGGGUGAUGGUGUUAUUUUGACUCAAGUAGUAACAUCCAUGUCUGAGAUCGAUGGGAUAACUGCAGAAGAAUCUCUGGAGUCCAAUGCUGCCUCUAUGGAGGAAGGUUCUAAUGUAGAGGACACAGAAGCAGAGAAGUCAAUGCAAGAAGAGAAGGAUCUCUCUAGUCAUGAACAGCUGUUGGGAGAAGAGGAGCUUGGUUCCACAGAGGAUAUGGAGAUAUCUAAUAUACCUUUGAGUCAGCAAGACUUAAAGGAUGAAUCUUUGGAUGCAUCUGAGGGAACAGAAAUGAAUGAAGAUGCACAAGAGCCCAUUGAUGAAGAAUCUCUGGAGCCCAAUGUUGUGGCGAUGCAGACAGUAGAUCCAGCCUCUGUGGAAGAAGAGUAUGAGGUGGAAGAAGUAAGGAAAUACACUGGACAAAUGCCAGAUGGGGUAACUGAAGAAGAAUCUCUGUCCAAUGCUGCCUCUAUGGAGGAAGAGAGUGAAGAGGAAGAGAUAAGUGAAAACAUUGGACAAAUGCCAGAGGCUGAAACAUCUAAUCAAGAUGUCGAGGAGCAUCAAGACCUACAGAUUGCGGAAGACUCUAAUGUGGACUUCCCAGGAGCAGAGAAGCCAAUGCAAGAAAAGGAUCCCUCUAGUCAUGAACAACUGUUGAGGGAAGAGGUGCUUGGUUCCACACUGGAUGUAGAGAUGUCCAAUGUAACUGUAAGUGUAGCUGAGCAGGACUUACAGGGUGGGUCUUUGGAUACAUCUGAAGAUCAAUCCGAACGGAAGGAAGAACAAGAGCCCAUAGAUGAUGGGGAUAUGUCUGACGCAGGGAGUAUGUCAGUACAGUGCUCCACAGCCUAUUCAGAACAAACGGAUGAUUUGAGUGAGUCAGAGUGUAUAGAGGAAGAUGGAUAUGAUGAAGCAGUAUUAGAUGCAGAGGUCGUUCCAGAUAAGUCAGAGGGGGUGCUACCAUGUGACGAUGAGGACAUGAUGCUGGUGUCCGUGGAUGCACAGCCUGCUGCUCCCGUUCAGUCAGAUAUGUCCAUGCCAACUCUGCAACCUACCACAACAGUGGAAAUACAGGCAGAAUCAGUGGUUGAAGAAUCACCUGAGCAUCCUGUGCCAGAUGUAGCAGAAGUAGAGGAGGCUGGAGCUUCAUUAGUGGCUGAGGGAGAAUUAGUAGAGGCUACAUUUGGACUUGACAAAGCCACAGAAGCAGGGACUGAUUUAGAGGUGGCAACAGGUGAACAGCCAGACCAUCAGACAGGCACAGAGGGAGAAGAAGAGGUUCAGAUUGAGUAUGAAGGUGUGGCAGCGGAGACACCUGAGGCUGAGGUGAAGACAGAAUCAGGUAAUGGUGAUGCCGAUGUAGAAAGAGAAGAAGUAGAGAGGAUAGUAACCACGGCAGUAUCUGAUGAAGCUGAGGAGCAUCCUGUGCCAGAUGUAGCAGAAGUAGAGGAGGCUGGAGCUUCAUUAGUGGCCGAGGGAGAAUUAGUAGAGGCUUCAUUUGGACUUGACAAAGCCAGAGAAGCAGGGACUGAUUUAGAGGUGGCAACAGGUGAACAGCCAGACCAUCAGACAGAAGUGGAAAGAGAAGAAGUAGAGAGGAUAGUACCCACGGCAGUAUCUGACGAAGCUGAGGAGCCAGUUAGCUUGGAAAUAGCAGCGGAAAAGACUGAGACAGAGGCUGUAAUAGAGACAGAGCAGGCCACUCCAGAGUCAGUACGUGUAGAAGCAGAGCAACAGCAAGCUGAGCCACAACCUAGGAGAGUAGAGAUGGAGAUUGAGGAAUCAGAGAAGACUCUGGAGAUUCUACAGACACUGGAAGUGACAGGAGACCCAGUUUUACAGACAGAAACAGGGGAAGUUAGCAGUGUCUCUGUGUCUGCUGAGGUAGGUGAGGUUUUACACACUGUAGCAUCUUCAGAAGAGAUGGAAGCUGACUCCCCCACAGCGGAAAAACCAGAGGAGGAAGAGGGGCAGGGGGCACUACCCCAGGGGCAGGAACUCGGGGCUACAGCUGAAGUCAGUUCCAGCAGUGUGGGUAAAAAGCCGAAAAAAGCCAGCAAGAAGGCAUCAAAGGGACCCAAAAGCCCAAAGAGUCCUAUGGGGAAAUGCAAACAACAGUAAGCAGUACUGUAGAGAGACUAGAUUUGAUGCAUUUGAUGAUUUGUAUGUAAGAUAGUUUGAUGUUUCCUGUGUCAGACUGCUGGCCAUUUUGAUCCCCUGAGCCUCGACAUUACAUCGAUUAAAUGGUAAAUGCUGCAUACUCACCUACUUUCGGGUGCAUUUCAAAACUGUAGUUUAUGCUAAUUGUUUAAAGUUAAGUCAUUUUCUAUAUCUAAUCCAUAGAAUUUCAGAGGUUUAAAUGUUUCUGAAUGUUUGUCUAAGCUUUGAUAAUUCUUCAGAUACGAUGUGGUGUAUGGACUCUCUUCCCCUGAGAAUGUGGUAUUGAAAGCUAGGCAAGCACAAUUGGUGUAUGGUUAUGUAUGGGUUUUAGACAUGAGCUUUGGAAUUAUUAACGUUUGGAUGCCAUUUUUUAUGAGCCUUAUGCUUUUGUCUGCUAAAUAAAUUUCCCUUUGUUUGCUUGAAUAUGAAUAAAAAAAAAGAUAUUGCACUCAAUAAAAAAACAGUGGUCACUGUAUAUUCUAGUACCUAUUUUGUAUGUGUUAAUGAAGAAAAAUAA